AUGGAAUUCGGGAGCGCUCCGCCCAGCUGGUGCAGCGCUACCGAAGCCACGCUAAAAAUCACCGAAAUCCGGAAAAGCAUUCAGAAGUCGCUGGACGAGGAGAACGUCAAGACUUUGUGUUGUAGGUUUGUAGUGGCUUUGAGAAACAGAAGACUGGGUUUUGUAGUGGCUUUGAAAGACCAGUUAUAUGGUCUCAAAAAAACUCUUGUUAAAUUAUUGAAAAGCGAGGUGGCGACAAUAGCUUUUUUAGCUUUGUGCAGUAGCGAUUUGGAAUAAAAUUUGCACCGUGCGGCUAUACAUUUGUAACAGAACUUUUUGCGCGCCCUGAAAUUAGCGAUUGCACAGUGAAAACGAUGGAGCGAUUUUUAAGUAUUGCAACAUGCUAAGUAAAACUUAUAUUCCGAAAAUAUUGCUUGAUCUUAAGCAAUGAAAAUAUGUGUUUGGAAUUUUCAUUUUCAAAAAAAAAUUUUAUUUUUUAAGAGAUUCGAGCUUGGUCCCCCUUUUGAUUUAAAGAAGUCUUGUUUUAUCAAUUUUGCGCGCUCUUUUAACUUAUAUCUAUUGUAAAAUCUGUAAAACUUAUUCUAUAAUAACCUACAGGCUAGGAAACUUAAGUAAUUUUUAAUUUAAAAAAAAACAAAUUUUCCUAAAAUUUGAACGUGGUCCCCCUGUUGAUUUUUUUUCAAAAAAGCUAUUUUAUCAAUUAAUUAACUUAGCACGCUUUAUUAGUUCUUCACAUCUAUUGUAAAACCCUUGAAACUUAUAUUAUAAUAAUUCACAGACAGUAAAGUUUAACAAUUAUAAAAAAAGUCAAAAAGAAGUAACCAAAAUUAGUGUGAAACUCUUGAAAGAUGGUGGAAUGAUAUCACUAAUCCCUCCUCUUCUUUCGCGUCUUAUUGGCUUCUGAAGUGCGCAAAUUUAUUGGAAUUCUAGUCUUUUAUAAGCCUAAACAUUCUUUAAUUGUCAUUUUUGUUUUGGCAAUGUAUCGAUAUGAGUAUGAAGAGAGGCGUAUCAAGUGUAAGGUUGCUUUAGGUAUCUAAAUUACUUUAUUAGGUUGAUAAAAGAAUCCUGUGGCGCUUUCUAAGCAACUUUUUUGGGCUAAGGGGCUCAGAAUUCUUUGAACAGAAUUUAAAAAGUUUGAAAUUCAAAAAAAAAUUGUUGUCAGGAACUUUUCGUCUCCAAAACCAAAAAAAACCUUUUCCAAAAUUAGGUAACAAACCGGUAACUUGUUGUUUAAACAUAUGCAGAUUUGAUUGAGUUAUAACAACAACAAGGGAUUCACCGGAAGAACCCAAUUUGAAGCCGCGAAUAAACAUUUCGUGGCCGAAAAAGCCUCGGGCCAUAAAAUCUGUCUUUUUACCGUAAAUUGUUAAUUGGCAGGAGUAAGUAUAUUUGGGUGUUGGGCAGGGAGAGGGGAGGGUGGAAAGAAAGUUUUGGCAGAAAAUUGGCUUGUAAAGAAAGUUUAUGCAUAAAAAUUGGUUUGGAAAUAAUGUUAUUGCCAAAAAAGGUUUGGAAACAAAGUUCUUGUCGUAAAUAGCUGUGGAAACAAAGUUUUUGCUAAAAGAAAGUUUGGAAACAUAGUUUUUGCAAAAAAUAACAAAAUAUAGGUACAAAACUAAAUUUCAUUUAAAAAUUAAAAUUUCAAAAUUUCAAAAAGGAAAUCAUUAAAUUUUAGGCUUUUUUCGUUAUAUUAUAGUAGGUCAUGAUGCCCUUUUCAGUGUUCGUCGACACCAAACAUAUGACAUUUGCCCUGAAGGUGGCAUGUUUCAUAUCUCUGAUUACGGUAUGCCUACACACACCAAAGACCCUAGACUAUCUACCUGGCCUAGAGAUACCUAUAUUAACAGCCGACUUCCUGGCCACAGCCAUUUUCAGCCUCGAGGCAUUGCUGAAGGUCAACAACAUGGGAUAUUUUAUGGUAGGUUUAAGGGGGUUGGUAGGGGCAUAUUAUGUUUAAAAUGGGUUAAUAGGUGCUGGAAACAAAGUCUUUGCUAUUUUUAGAUUUUUAUGUUUUGGAAAGAAAGUUUUUGCAAUUUUUAAACUUUUUAUAUUUUGCAAAAAAAGUUCUUGUCAUUUUCCGUUAAAAAAACCAAAAGUUCGUUCCAAAAUCGACUAUUUCCAGAAGCCGACCUCCUACUUCCGCGACCGUUGGUGCCAAUUCGACGCGUUCCUUUUACUCGCCAACUGGCUUUCCCUAUUGUUACAUGUAUAUAAACUGGCUAGCCUUCGACUGGAUUCGAGCCUAGUCUACCAUGAAUGGUUCGGGAUCAUACGAUGCGCCCGUCCCAUGGUAAUCGUCCGUUUACUGCGGUUGUUGUUGACUUUCAAAGUGCCUACGAAUCGAAUCGAAAACUUGUUAAAGUAGGUGCUAGCUGCUCUACAAAACUUUAAAUUUAUAUAUUUUUGUCUUUUAAUGGUUUGGCGAAGUGUCACUAAAUUUAUUGGAAAAAUGGACGAAGUGCCACAAAAUUUAUUGGGAAAAUGAACGAAAUGUCAAACAAUUAUAGGAUUUUUUUUGAAUAUUGUUGGACUGAACAAAAACUGGUUUUUGACAUUACUAUUACUGUAAAUUUAAUUUUUUUUUGAGUACUUGGUAUAUGUAGUAUUUAAAAUUUUAGACGAUCGAGUGCUCAAAUUAAGAAUGUUACAGUAUUUUUGGUGUUUUUCAUGGUUUUCUACGCCAUUAUGGGUAUUCAACUGUUUGGAAGAAUGGAUUAUCGCUGUGUUGUUGAUGGUAGGUCAUUUUCUGAUGUUUUACGUUUUUAUUUUGUUAUUAUGUUACCUAAAAUGUAAAGAUGUUAACUUAAAUUUAGGUUAUUAAAAUAAUUCUGCGCUCGUAACCUCUAAAAUUUGCUUUGAGAAGGUUCACACAAUUAUUUCAACGAUGGGCACAGUAUUAUUUGAAAAAUCUAAUAUAUUUUCUGUUCUUAAAGUUUCAGUUAAUUGUUAGUUGAAUAUUAUUUUAGGCACGGAUCCACGGAACGUGACAAUCAACGACUUGGCCAUUCCAGACACAAUGUGCUCGAAGCCUGGCGGAGGUGGUUAUCAAUGUCCGCCAGGUACAGAGUGUAUGAAGCUGCAUUUGAACGCAAAAACAGAGGGAUUCUACGGAAUGUUUGACGAUUUUGGUAUGUUAUAGGUGCUUUUUUUGGGUAUUUGGUGGUAGAUAGUUUUUUAAAUUGAGAAGAAGUUUUAGUGAUAAAGGUUUUGAUAUUGUACUUGACAAAAGUUUUUUAAAAAAUAUUGGAGAAUUGUCUAAAAAGCAUUUGCAUUGGCCGGGAAUCGAACCCGGGUGGUAGAAUGCUCGCCCGCGUGGCAGGCGAGCAUUCUACCACUGAACCACCAAUGCGCGGUUUGUUUGUUCGUUAAUUUCAAUGAAAUUCUAUUUGAAUUUGAUUGUUUUAUCAAUUCAUAAACUUAUUAUAUUCUGUCCAAAUAAAAUCACAGUAGAAACACCCGUAUUUUACCAAAAAAAAAUUUAUUCAGGACACAGUGUGUUCACGGUGUACAUGGCGGCUAGUGAAGAAGGCUGGGUCUACGUCUUGUAUGACUGUAUGGAUUCACUGCCAACUCAUUAUGCCAUUCUAUACUUUAUCACUUUAAUAUUCUUCUUGGCAUGGCUUGUGAAGAACGUGUUUAUCGCCGUUAUCACCGAAACUUUUGCUGAAAUUCGAGUUCAGUUCAGUGAAAUGUGGACUAAAAAUGAAGUUAAUGUGGACGACGACUUCAAACAGGUGGGUUAUGUACUAGUGAUAUUUUUAACUUUUUAGAUUAACUAAAUGUUUUGUAUGAUUAUUAGAUGAGAAUAACUUUGUUUGUUUUAAAUUUAAGGUUUGGAAAGCUAAAAUAUCGAUUUAAAGUCAGUAUUACGUUACUUUUUGAGUCAUAAACUGCUGUAACAACAAGCUAAAGCAAUACUUUCAGAAAAUUGAAAAGCAUGAUGGUAUAUGGACGAUAGUGAGGUUAGAUACGGAUCCUAAAAUCAAUCCUCGAGUUCUGAAACUACAACAAUUUCUACGAAGCAUUGGCUUUCAAUGUUGUGUAGUUGGGUUCGUACUGGCCAAUUCUAUAAUCAACGCUUCGUUUGUACAUUACCAUGACGAGAGUGAUGCGACACGAAGGGUCAUCUACUACUAUAUUGAGGUAGUUUAACUGUAGUUGGAGUUUUAUUGCCUAUUUUAUAAAAUUUUGGGUCAUAUUACCUUGGGUAUCUUAUAAUAGUAGUUUUUCAUAAAUUUAUGAUCAUUUUUGAGUAGAUCAUAUAUUAAGUUGUUCAACUAAUUCUUUUCUUCUUCUCAAAGCAAAUUUUUAACUUAAUAUAUCAUAACCAAGGUAAUGUAAAACAGAAUUUUAUGAUUUUUAAAACACUUUUUGCAAUUUUAAAAAUAAAAAAAAUAGUUUUUUAGGUUGGAUUCACGAUAGCCUUUAACGUUGAAUGUGCUGUGAAAAUUCUGGCAUAUGGAUUUUCAAAGUUUUGGAAGCGAAAUAUUUACAAAUUCGAGUUGAUAUUGUGCCUUGGAAGCUCGUUGAACAUUGUGCCUUUCUUCUACGAACGAAAUUUCUUUACCUACUUCCAAGUUUUCCGAUUACUGCGACUUAUCAAAGCAUCGCCUAUGUUGGAAGACUUUGUUUAUAAGGUAUGUUUCUUUAUUUAUACAGUGAAACCUCAUUAGUAUUACUCUUGAUAGUAUGGCAUCCUCUUUACUAUGAUAGCUUUCUGACCGAUCUUUGUAAUAGGAUUCUUAUCUAAAAUUACCUGGAUAGUGUGACACCCAUUUUUAUAGCUUAUAAUGGCUCUUUGGUUCAGUUUCUUGAGGGUCAUGCUAGAAAGGUUUGACUUUAUAUGUUUUGUCAUGUUUUUAUGCUUAUUUAACGCUUUUUUCAAAUUUCGAAAAAGUUUUCGUAUUUUACAAAUAAAAAUAAUUUAUAAAAAAAAACUUAAAAAAUAUUGGAAAGUUUGCAACAUUUUCUUAUGAUUGAGUUUCGUCUUAAACAGGGAAAAAAGUACUUGCAUUGGCCGGGAAUCGAACCCGGGUCGCCCGCGUGGCAGGCGAGCAUUCUACCACUGAACCACCAAUGCACAUUUGGGACCUCUUUCUACUUUUUAGUAAUUUUAUCGCUGAUUUAUCCUUCUAUCUUUUUUGAAAAGAAAUAAACAACGAAAUCUCAUUUUUUGUUUACUCUGUAAUCUAACAAUCGUGUUAUUGAUGGAUUUCGCGGUAGAAAAUGAAAUGUGUCGAGAAGGCGUAGUGAAUAUUAAUUACCAUAACGUUAUUAUUAUGACGUAGAACUUUCCAGUGACGUAUUUUACUAAAAUUUACUAAAAAUUGCAAAAAAAUUUAUAUCAGGUGCCGAUAUAAAGAAUUCGCCAUACUUUUCCUAUAAUUUCCUGUAAAAAAUGGCGGGUUCUUUAUGUCGGCACCAUAAGAAAAGUACAACUUAUGUAGUAGUAUGUUGUUCAAUUAAAUUUGUGUCCCUUUUCAAAGCAAAUUUUUGAGGUUACGGGGUUCAGAAUUAUUUGAACAAUCUAGUAUCUUUAAAUCUACUGCCAUAUCUAAUCAUGGAUAACAUUUCAGAUCUUCUCGCCAGGAAAGAAGCUCGGUGGGCUUGUAAUCUUUACAAUUCUAUUUGUCGUAACUUCAUCUGCCGUUUCAUUACAAUUGUUUUGUUAUGUUCCACAUUUGCAUCACUUCGAGACAUUCCCUCAGGCAUUUAUGUGCAUGUUUCAAAUUAUCACUCAAGAAGGCUGGCCCGAGCUUGUAGUAGAUGUGUUACGGAUGUCGAAUGAUCGGAUGGUACCUUUCGUGGCCAUCUAUUUUGUUGCAUAUCAUUUGUUUGUUACUUUGGUAGGUUUUGUAUUCUCUUUUUUGAGGGGGGGGGUUUGUUUUAGCGGGUGUUUUUUAAAGUUUUGUUGGUGUUUUAAGGUCUUUUGAAAAAAAACUUAUUUUUGUAAUAUUAGUUUGUUCAAAUUAUUAUGUGCUUUUUCUCAAAGCAAAUUUUAAAGUUUAGGGAGCACAAAAGUUUGGAUAACCUGCAAGAAAACGUUUUAGAAAAGGCAGUAAGAGUAAAUUUUUAUAUAGAUUACGACUCUAUAUUGAGGAUUUCAGAUUGUCUUGAGUUUGUUUGUUGCGGUAAUCUUGGAUAACUUGGAAAUGGACGAAGAGCUCAAAAAAGUCAAGCAGCUCAAGGCCAAAGAAGCUGUAAGUUUAUAUAUAUAUUUUAGGAGGUAAAAUACGUUUUUUUGUACAAUUUUUUUAGAGUAUUACUAAAACCUUGAUUUUUAUUAAUAAGGAUCGAACUUAGACAGCGAAAAGUUUUUUUUAGCAUUUUACUAGGUUGUUUAAAAAGUAAUGAGCUAUAACUUUUUCAGACAACAAGCAUGAGAACAACAUUACCUCUACGUUUACGGGUAUUUGAACGCUUUCCUACACGUCCUCAGAUGGUCAAACUAAAACGGGUCGACAGCGAGUUCCAGGUACCUCGAAUGAGAGACAGUUUCACUCAUCAGUUCGUCAAUAGUGUGGAUGAGAUGGCUACAAUUGAUCCUGAAGGUAAUAGUACUUUUAAUAUUUUUAAAAAUUUAAGAUGUUCAAAUAAUUGUGGGCUCCUAACUCUGAAAAGUUGCCGUGAGAGUGGCAAUUGGCAAAAAACUUAAUUUUUCAUCUUAUAAACUGCCAUUUUGAAUUAACUCUGAUCUUUUCAGAGAUUGGCUGUCGAAAAAUCUUGCUCAAAUCAAUGCACACAUAUCUUCGCCAUCGUCGCCACGACAUAACGAUGCGACAUGUUGGCCCACUUACUAUGAAAUCCUCGAUUCAAACUCUGGUUCACAGUUCUUGCAAUCAAAACAAACGAGAUUCCUUCAGGGCAAGUAGGAAUAGACAUAUGAAUAUGUACGAGAACAUGACCGAGAAUGGUGAUGUCUUGAGGGCAAUUGAGAAUUCGACUAGGAAAGAUUUGAAAUUAGGGGAGAUUGACAUCAGAGCACUGCAACAUAAGCAACAAAUCGCGGAAAUGACAAGGUGGACAGGUUUUUUUUAUUUUUGGGAUGUAACAUAUGAUUAUAGAAGUGUUAUCAGCUUAUUCUAAAAUACGUAGAGCAAGGAUAUACAGGAUAAGAUAUUGUAGUAGACCAUAAGAUAUUGUAGUAGACACUCAUUUGUUACUUCUUCACAGUGUUUAUGAUAAAAGUCAAGUUCAUACUAAAGAUUAAUACUAAAUACUUCAGAAGCUACCUAAAGCAUGGUCAUUACCUAUAUAAAACUUAAUUUCAGGACAAGAAUAGAAGAAGAAAUGAGAGAAAACCACCCUUACUUCGAUCGGCCGUUGUUUAUGGUAGGACGAGACUCGAAGGUACGCCGAAUGUGCAAAAAGUUUGUGCACGCACGGUACGAUCAGAACGGUGAAGGUCAGAACACGGUCAAAUCACAGCGGCGAAAUAAACCGUUAAGGUGAGUUUUUUUGUUUUAGUGGUAAAAGGUGUUGUAUUAGGUUGUUCAAAAAGUAAUGAGCUACAGCAAAAGAAUUUGUGUUGUGGCUUAUUAUUUUUUGAACAAGUUAAUAUAAUAGACGGUGGUAAACAGUGUUAUUCAGGGUUUUUUUGCGAAAAUUAUGUUGAGAGAAAAGAGGUUGGCUAAACUGAGUCUAUAUAGUAAUUGUAUCUCAUAACAAUAAUAUUUUUCGUAUUUUACAAUAAAAAUCGUAUUGUUAUUUGUAAAACUUUCAGAGAGUUAAUUGGAAUAAUGCCAUACAUUGACUGGUGUAUGGUGAUAGUAACAUUGAUGUCGUGUGCUUCAAUGUUGUUCGAAAGCCCUUGGCCUCCGACUGGAGAGAACUUGGUUGUCAACAAUUUUUAUUUGCAGGUAAGUUAUCUGGAGUUAUUAUGUAUUAUAUUAUAUAUUCUUUAAGAGUAUACUUAUGUGAAAUUACUAUAGUUUUUAUUAGCUUUGGCAGAGCUUUUUGGUUGGAUGGUGGAGGUUUCUAAUUAUAAAAUUUUAAAAUGUCGUUUUAGAUAGCAGACUACUUGUUUGUAUUGGCAAUGACAAUUGAAUUGGCCUUAAAGAUAGUAGCUGAUGGGCUGUUUUUCACUCCGAAUGCUGUGGUACGAGACUUUGGAGGUAUCAUGACAAUAUUUAUUUAUUUUGUGAGUUUUUUCUUAUAUUUAUUUUGAUUUUUAAUUUUUUAUGAAAUAGGUAAUAGUGAGUACAGUGGGACUCCUGUAUAACGAACUCCUCUAUAACGAAAAUCCCGUAUAACGAACAACUUUUGAAUCCCCGCCUACCACUACACAGUGCAUUUAAAACUCCUGUAUAACGAAACUCCUUUAUAACGAACAAAUUUCAAGUCCCCGAGCGAUUCGUUAUACAGGAGUUCCACUGUAUUUACAUUUAUAUUUUAUUGUAAUAUAGACUUUGCUAUGUUAAAACAUCACAAUAAUAAAGUUUUGUUUAGACAAGUGUAAUAUUCUUGCUGUUGAUGCCAAAACACAUUGAGAUCAACUCAAUCGAGCAGUUUUUGAUGAUUUGUCGAGCGAUGAGACCACUUCGUAUCUACACCUUGGUACCUCACAUUAGAAGAGUUGUUGUUGAACUAUUCAGAGGUUUCAAAGAGAUUCUAUUGGUAACGAUCUUCAUGAUAGUAAUCAUGUUCAUCUUUGGAAGUUUCGGAGUUCAAACUGUUGGUGGGAAGCUGGCUGCUUGUAAUGAUCUUACUGUUCAUAGCAAGGUGGGUGUAUAUUACAAUAGAUAUGUAUAUUAUAUGAUAUAGUAUAUAUAUUAUCUUGAGCUAUUAUGUAUAUUUUCCUUGCUACUAUAUACUUUGACAUUUCAGGAAAACUGCACAGGAGUCUUUUGGUCGAAAGUCUUCGUCACUAGAAUGGACGUAACCGGCAAAGACGACCCAGAAGAACAUCCGCAAAUUCUAGUCAGCCGAGUCUGGACCAAUCCUCGAAACUUUAAUUUUGAUCAUAUCGGUCAUGCCAUGCUAGCCUUAUUCGAAACACUAUCGUACAAAGGCUGGAACGUGGUGAGGGAUAUUCUUAUGGCCAGGAUCGGACCGUGGGCGGUAGUGUUUAUUCAUAUCUAUGUGUUCAUUGGAUGCAUGAUUGGAUUGACAUUGUUUGUGGGUGUUGUUAUUGCCAAUUACACUGAGAACAGAGGCACAGCACUGUUGACUGUGGAUCAGAGAAGGUGGCACGAUUUGAAGGCUAGGUUGAAAAUGGCACAGCCUUUACAUGUGCCGCCGAAACCGGCUGAAUCUUCGAUUAUUAGGAGGAGGUUCUACGAAAUUACUAUGAGCAAGUGGUUCAAUAAGGUAGGAUUGCUAAUAAGGAUAAUAUUAUAGUAGAUUAAAAUGGUCUUUUAACUAUAAAGGGGUUUUUUAACGUCGGUAUUAUCCUUGGAAUCUUUUGUUUGAAUGUUAGGCUAAAAUCUUAUAUAUCACGUUUUCGUUGUGGGACCAAAAUUAAAAUUUUAAAAUAAAAAUUCGAGUUUAUUUUUCAGUACGAUUCGUACUAUAUAGUACUAAAGAUAGCGUUUUUAAAUAUUUUUAAGCAUAUUUUUAAAAUAUUUUUAAGAUUUUUGCGAUUUUGGUACUGGUGAACUCGAGCACUUUGUUAGCACCAUGGAGUAUUGAAGAAGAAGAGUCACAGAACGAGUUGUUGUACUACUUAACAGCUCUAUCUGGAGUUGUUAAUGUCUUGUUUACUAUUGAAAUCUUCUUCAAAACUAUUGCUUUUACUAUUCAUGGGUUUUGGCAGGUAAAUUUUAACUUUUUUUUGACAGUUUCAAUAUAAGGCUGAUUAUAUUGUUGUAUUUUACCUUUCUUUAUGUUUUUUCAUUAUUUUUACAUUAAUAUACUACAGCAUUUUUGAUAGAUAUUUAUGAGGAUUGUCUAUAAUAAUGUAUCUUGACGUAUUUUAAUCAAAAACCUUCAAUUUCAGAGCCGCCGAAACCGAAUUGAUCUCCUAAUCACAGCCUUAGGCUGUCUCUGGGUAACGUUACACUUCUUUGUAGCGCUACCGGCUUCAGUAGUCAACAAUGAAGCCGAGACGAGUCUGAAGAAGUUCACUUACACUUACGGUUAUAUUGUUGUCAUUUUGAGGUUCUUCACGUUUGCUGGAAGAAACAACACGUUGAAGAUGUUGAUGUUGACAGUAGUUAUGUCAAUGUUUAGGUCUUUCUUCAUUAUCAUUGCUCUGGCUAUGUUGGUGUUGUUUUAUGCCUAUACGGGGGUGAUUUUGUUUGGCAUGGUCAAGUAUGGACAGGCUGUUAGCAAGUAGGUUUGGCUUCUUUGAUAUUGUGAUAUUGUAACUAUGGGUUUUAUUGGGAGUUAUUAUUCAUAUGAUUAAGAUUUCUUGCUCAUUACUGACAUUAUAUUGCUAUAACGUCUAAAGUAAUAUCGUUUCAGACACGUAAACUUCCGCUCAGGUUCAGAAGCUUUGGUAGUACUUUUUCGAUCAUUGACAGGUGAAGAUUGGAAUGAUAUUAUGCAUGAUACCCAAAGAAGUGUACCAUUUUGUUACUGGAGACCGGGCCAAAAUUACUGGGAGACAGACUGUGGCAACUACUAUAGUGCUGUAAUCUACUUCUGCUCUUUUUACUUGAUCAUUACCUAUAUUGUCAGGAAUUUACUUGUUGGUAAGUUGAUGUUGAUUUAUUGCUAUAUUGAUGUUAUAGGUAACAUAACAUUGAAUAGGGAGGCUUUUUGAGAUUUUUUUUGUUUUUUGAUUUACUGUGGUAAUACUUUAUGUUAUGUUAGGUAUUAUAACAUCGUGAACAUCCAAAAACAACAAUAAUUUUGAUUUUUAUGUUAUCUUAUGCUCAAACUAAAGUAAUAUUGUUACAGCCAUCAUCAUGGAGAACUUUUCCUUGUUCUACUCAAGCGAAGAAGACGCGCUACUCAGCUAUUCAGACAUACGAAACUUCCAAAUGGUCUGGAACAUGGUUGACAUAGAACAGAGAGGUCAAAUACCAGUGGGACGAGUCAAGUUCUUGUUGAGGUUGCUGAAGGGAAGGCUGGAGGUUGAUCCGGCAAAGGAUCGUUUACUGUUUAAACACAUGUGCUACGAGAUGGAGAAGCUACACAACGGCGACGAUGUGUCUUUUCACGAUGUCUUGUAGUAAGUUGAGUUAAUAUUGGGUUGUUCAAAUAGUUUUGUGCUCCCUAUCAAAUCAUUUCGGUGGUUAAGGGCACAAAAUUACUUGAAAAAGCUAAUAAAAUGGUCGAUUUCAGUAUGUUAUCUUACCGAAGUGUUGAUAUCAGAAAGAGUUUGCAAUUGGAAGAGUUAUUGGAACGGGAGGAGCUAGAGUAUAUCAUAGAAGAAGAAGUGGCAAAACAGACUAUCAAAACAUGGCUAGAAUGCUGUCUUCGUAAAAUACGAUGUCCGGAUAGAAUGGACAGCCCAAAGGCUAGUCUAAUGACUAGUGAAAGUAGGUUUAGUUACUGUAUUUUGAAGGGGGAGGAGGUCUUUAAUAUUAUUUUUUUGGAAAAAAAUUGUAUAGAUUCUGAAUUUUUGAUUGUAGAUAAUAAUUUUUGUAUUUCUUUUUAAAUUUUUUGACUUUAAGUUGAGUAUAAGAUAAUAUUCUUUCAGUACCAGACGGAAUCCUCCGCCGAUCAAAGCAAACCGGAUCACCACAGCCCAAACUCUCCAACGCCGUACCUAUCAAACCGUUCAUGCGAGCCAGCACUUUAUCCGGAGCCGAAACCAAGCACGAUACUGAAGAGACCGAGAAAGAGAGCACCACCCUACUCCAACGACCAGUAUCAUUACACAAAAGAAGUGUAGAAGAUAUUCUGGGUAAUCACACGGAGAAGCGACCGAAUCUUCAGAAUCUGAUACCGUUGAAGAAGCUGUCUUUGAGGAGUUUAAGUGGUACGAGGGACACGAUGUUUCACUCGAAUAUGAUGCAGAAUUCGAUUGAUACGGCCUCGAAUACUAGUGGAAAUAGGUUCUUAGGCGACGAAGGGGCUCAGAAGCCAUUACAGGUAGGGAUUUCUUAAGUUAACGGCUGGGAUUUUAGUAGUCGGUUGCAGAAGCUGUAGCAUAUUAAGUAGGGUUGGACAUUUACCGGUAAAUUGAUUUUUCGGUAAAAAUUUUACCGGUAAAUUUACCGGAUUAUUAUUUGGUAUUUAAAAACUUUAAAAUGUCAUUAAAACGUUUAACAAGCGUUUUAAAACAACAAAAACAAUAAAAUAGUAAGUAUUUCACUCUUUUACUUUAAAAAACAACUUAUAAGUCCAAUAGCUCUGUCCACUUCUUUUUCCCUACCGGUAUAUGUUAUGUUGACGUAGCUAGUCAUAGAUGAUUGGAUGACCAUUGUCCAGUAGACUCUGCUUGGUUCGAUGGAAUCUUUGUUUUCCGCAUUUUUGCUCAUAUAAUUGCCCGACCUGUUCUUGAUCAUUUGAAGAUAUCUUAGUGCAAUUGUUUCGCUAAAUAAUCACAGACCUAACAUAAAGUAUCAAAAAUCAACAAGAAAGUUUAAAAAUCGAAUUUUCCGUCCUUGUGAGUUGUUGGCAGAAGAUGUUGGUACAGUCUUGUAAGGUUACUGACGUAUUUUGCACCACAAUAAUUGCAAAAGUAGUCAUUAUGUGUUCUUUUGUAACCUCUGUGAUAUUUUUCAACAUAUUUCGUCAAAAUAUUGCUAAUUUUCCAAAACAAAAACAAAUUUUGAAACAAAAAUAAUUUUCGUGCUAAGACACAAAACACUUUUUUACCGGUAAAAAACCGAAAUUUUCGGUAAAUUACCGGUAAAAUUACCGGUAAAUUUACAUUUACCGGUAAAUGUCCAACUCUAAUAUUAAGGUUUAGGUUGAUUAUGGUGCUUUAUUAGGUUGCACUAGAAGUAGCGGGGCACUUUUCAUUUAUUUUUCAACUAAAAAGUGUCUCGAUACUUUUGGUUCAAUGGAAUAUGUUAAAAUACGUCAUUGUAUAUUAAAACUAAUAAACAAUUUGUUCAGUUAUCAGCUCGAGAACUGCCUGAUCUAGAGGAAAUGUACGAAGAUACCUCUCCGUAUCAUAAUGGUGGGAUCAGAUCAUUCGAGGACGAUUUUCAGCGAUCUCCAACUAGUGACUCUUCUGGUUUUCGACCGAUUUCACCAAGUCGUUUAAAUUUGGGUAGGUCUUAUGCUUUUUUCCGUUAGGUCGUUGAAAUACUUCUGUGCUUUUUCUCAAGGCAAAGUUUUUUUGGGUUAGGGGGCACAGAAUUAUUUGAACGACUUAAUUCAUCAGUUUUUGUUGGGAGCAUUUUUCAAUAUGAAAAGUAUAACCUUAUCGUGCAGCGAUAUUAACUUUAGUAGAAGAAACUGGUUACUGAAGUAAAAAACAAUAUUUUUUUUAGUUUUUUCUUUUUACUUUAUCGUGCGCUUUGAUUUGUGGAUAAAACUAAGUAAAAAGUAGAAAGUGAUAUCGAGUGUGCAUUGGUGGUUCAGUGGUAGAAUGCUCGCCUGCCACGCGGGCGACCCGGGUUCGAUUCCCGGCCAAUGCAAAUGCUUUUUUGGGCUUUUUAACAAAAUUUUGCGGAAUAAGGAUUAAAACUAUAUUUUAAAAUUUGUAUUUUUUUGGUUUUAAAAAUAGUUUUAAAGCUAAUUGUGAAAAACUAAUUAAUUCAAUUUUUAGGUCAACGAACACCGAGAAGAAAAGUGAGUUCCGUAAUGACGAAUCCUAUGCCAGAAAAGCCUUCAGCAGCUUCAAUUCAUUUGUUUUAUCACAGUGAACCUCUUCACAACGUUGUUACUGAUAUCAAGUCAUGGUGGUGUGAUAACUUGAUCGAUGAAAGUGCAUCUACACAAUGA